AUUGCGAAACACGCACCUUUCAAACAGAGUUGUCAAACGAGCUGACUUCAGCAUACUUAUUGUCGGUGGUGGAGGUAGACAGUGAUUAACCAUGGUUGUAGGCUGUGAAAACAGAGGGAAGCUGAUAUGACAAUUAACAUACGUCUUCGGUUUCAAUUGAUUUGUCUAAUGACAGUCUGGUUGAUAUAUCCUGUCGAAGUUCACUAGAUGGCGCUGAAUUCCAUUUCUGGAAUAUUGGCCAAUCAAAUUCGAAGAUUGGAGUUGGCGGCAUAUUUGAUGCUACCUUUUGGUGGGAAGUCACUUUGCGCCAAGAAGACCCGAACAAGCGGACCAAAUUUUUUUCUGGACGACACACUUUUAGAGAAAAUGUUGGGAUCCAAUCAACUAAAAACCAUUAAAGGGAAAGUUUUUGAGGAGAAAGAUUUAACUACUCUGCUCCCAAAAGGAAAGAAGACCUGCACUAUAUCAGUAGAAGGCAAUAUUGGAUGUGGGAAAACAACUUUACUGGAGUACUUCAAGGGAUCACCAAAUGUGCAGGCAAUACGGGAACCUGUAGAGCAGUGGACAAAUGUUCAAGGUCACAAUGCAUUGGAACUUUUGUAUCAAGAUCCAAAUCGAUGGAGCUUCUCCUUCAAUUUGUAUGCCCAGCUGACCAGGAUACAGAUGCAUAUGCGUCCGCAUGAAAAACCUGUCAAGAUGCUGGAGAGGUCAUUGUUUAGCACACGAUACUGCUUCGUGGAAAAUGACUACCUCAACAAAACCAUCAAUGGACUAGAAUAUGCUAUUUUGAACCAAUGGUUUGAUUUCUUGACUCAAAGAAAAAACACAGAACUUGACUUGAUUGUGUACUUGAGAGCUGAUCCCAGAACCUGUUAUGACAGAAUCAAGAAGAGAUCAAGAAAGGAAGAAGCUGGAGUACCCUUUGAGUUAAUACAGAAUUUGCAUGAUCUUCAUGAAGAAUGGCUGGUGAAGGAAAAAGUCUACAAAUCUCCUUGUCCAGUGCUGGUUCUUGAUGCAAAUGUCGAAUAUACACACAUGACAAAGUUAUACGAGGACAAUCGACAGGAGAUUUUGUGUGGGUAUAUAUGAUGUACUGACAUGAGUGGAUUUCUAGUGUAUGAUAGAUACAUGGGUUGUGGACCUUCAAUACUAAGCAAGGACAGCUGGAUACAUCUUCUAAAUGAUUUCAAUAUGAGGAGUAAAUCAUCAAGAUUUAGAGGCAGUGUUACAGUGCUGAUUUGGCAUCAGUCUGUUUUCUCCAUGGAGUUACCACAUUUCUCAUUGCUUUACAUUGACAGUAACAAUUGUAAGCAAGCCAUCAUUCUAAUGAUCUCAUUUGUCCCCAUUAUUUAUAGUUUGAAAUAUGUAUGAUUCAAAUACAUGCUAUAUCUGAUGUAAUUUUCCAUUGUGACAGCUGCCAGAUAAUCCAUUGAUCUUACAUCGAUACAUUCAUGAUCAAGAUUUUUAAGAUGUUUAUAAUAUCCAUACAUCAAAACAGAAAGAAUGAUGGUUUUAAAAUGAGUCAAUUAAUACCAUGUGAACCAUUUUAAGGGUAAAAGAUAAUGACAGGGCUAUUCCAGAUGGAUAUCUACCCAAUACCCAGUGGGAGGACUCUUGGGUAAUCAAAUGAGGACCACCCACAAAAAAUUUAAUUAAAUUGGCAACUUUACUUUUCUUAAAGAAUCCAUUUCUUCAGCACCCACCAUGCAUAAAAUUUCUUUCAUUUUGGAGUCAUAAUAUUAAUAUGACUGACUGAGGAUGCAACAAUUACCAUUGGACCCUUCUUCCUAGUGGUGUCAUGGUAAAGAAUUGGUGUAAUAAGUAGUAUUCCAAUCAUUUCCUAUUUGAAGUGUGAUUGGAAGUUGAAAUUGAGUGCUACUUUAAUUUUGGAGUUAUCAAUUGGGUAUAUAUUUUGGAAUAGCCCACAAACUAUUUACAUACUGUUUUAAUCACUGAUACCAGCUCAAUAAGUUUAGUUUACUGAGGACCCAAUAACAAAGAUAGUUCAAAGUGUUUUUAUAAAUCAUAGACAUAUGUCAAUUUGAGUUAAGGUUAAAGUAUGUACAAAAUCCAUCAAGUUUGUGUAACUUGUGCUGUACUGGGAAAUAUUGCCAUUAUAAUACAUAGGAAUCUUUUUUUCAUUUUGCUCAAUUACAGGAAGAAGUGUUCAUCGGCCAUUAUGUGUUGGUAAAAGUUCAAUACUUGUUCAUUUUUUAUAUUAUAGUUGAAGAAAAAUUCACUACCACAUAUACCUCAGUAUAUAAAUGUGUUCUAUUAUUAUAAAGCCUCUGUAACAAAAAUAGUAUUCAUGAAAGCUGUAGUUGUCUGGACAAAAGUCUGGUAACUGUGGAUAUAUUCAUCACACGCCAAAGAUGUAAAUCCAGGCUGUUUUUAUUAUAUACAGGUCCAUCCAUGAUUUAAGUUUUACAGCAUACUCACCAUUUUUACUUUGAUCAAAGACUAAAUCAUGCCCGGACAACUUUUUUUUUUGUGGCAAUAACACCUUGCACCUAUUUUUGUAUUGUCCAUUCUUUCAAUAUUUUUAACUUUUGAAACGGUACAUGUGUACUCUAGUGUAUUGUUCUAGAUUUACCUGUACACUUUAGUGAAACAAAGAUUGUUAAAGAUGCCAUUUUCAGUACUAAACUUAGUAUGAGCUAUUGUUGAAUGACAAUGCAAAUGUACAAUUAGUAUGUAUUUGUUAAUUAGAUUUAAUUAUAGAAAUGUUCAAUACAAAAGACUUGGCUUUAUGGUUGGUCAUAUAAAUUUGUUGAUUUAUUCACCUUUGGAAUUUCCAAUUUUAACAUUCUUAAUUCAUUUUACAUAGAAAAGCUAAUUUUAAUUUCAUAAUUUUAAAAUGUUGUUUUUCUGGAGACUGAAUCUUUUAUGUUCAGCAGCUGAUGCUAGGAUUUUUAGGUCAUUCUGAUACUACAUGAAACUAGUUAGUUUUUGUAUUAUUUUCCCCUUCCUCUUUUCUAUCUAUCAUACUUGUUUCUGUACACAGCAUAUACUCAGGUACACCUGUGUGAAGGAGUUGGGUGAGGAUGGUUGUUACUACAAGGGAGAUUACCUACAUUCAAAAACCUGUAUGCAUGGUUUUAAUCAAUUAAGUGAAGUUGUGCUGCAGUUUUACAAAACUUAAUGAAUUAAGUAGUGCUACAGUUAUUUUAAAAAUAGAAAUCCAUCAUUACUGGGUUUUACAUAACUGAUUUGUUGAUUUUGUGGUACAUUUAUAAAUUGUGUGUGUGCGAAGGAAUGCAAGUUGUGUGGAUGUGUAUGUAUUAAAUGAGAUCCCAGUGUUGUGUGGUUAUUUGAUCAGAAUAACAAAGUCUCAUUUUCACUGGAACUCGCAAAAAUAUACCUGUUAAUGCACUGAUUAUUUAUAGGUGAAUAAAAUAUUUAAAGAAUUUUGA